AUUUGUAUGUAUAGCUAAUCAAAUUCUAUGUUCGUGACUGAUAAUCUAGGUCGCAUACCAAAGGAAGUUGGAAAUCUUACAUCUCUGAAACUUCUUGGACUCUCUUCUAAUCAGCUGGAAGGUGAACUGCCUGAAGAGCUAGGAAAACUAUCAAACCUUGAGCAUUUUCAGGUUCCCUUUAACGAUCAUUUAAACGGCUCCAUCCCAUCUUCCAUAUUCAACCUCUCAACAUUGGAAGGAUUACAUCUCCAACAAAACCUCUUUUCCGGACCUCUCCCUCCAAACAUGGGAGCUUCACUUCCCAAUCUCGAGCUACUUACUUUAUUCUUCAACAGACUCACGGGCAAAAUCCCAACCUCCAUCAACAACGCCACCAAGCUCACUAUCCUGGAACUCAACAGAAACUCAUUCACCGGCUCCAUUCCCUCCUUCUCCAAUCUACGAAACCUAGAAAGGAUCGCCCUCUGGGAAAACAAUCUCACCGGAGCUGAUGAAUUCCUAUCUUCCCUAACAAACUGCCCCGUUUUGAAAAGAUUAGAAGUGUCGUAUAAUCACGAAAUGGUGGGAGUUCUCCCUCGUUCGAUCGGGAACUUCUCGAAUACGCUUCAAGUGAUAAGGGCUUCAUACUGUGACUUUAGAGGUGGCAUUCCUUCUGAGAUUGGGAACUUAACUAGUUUGCUGAAUUUGCAAAUUUCUGGUAAUAAACUAACCGGAUUCGUCCCAACGACUAUUCGAAAUUUGACAAACCUCCAAGUAUUGAGGCUUGGAGAAAAUCAACUUGAGGGGCACAUCACAUCCGAUCUUUGUCAGCUCCGGAUGCUGGGGGACUUGAAUAUGAGUGCGAAUCUGUUCACCGGCUCGAUCCCGGGAUGCCUAGGUGAAAUUCAAACGCUAAGAAGUGUCUCCUUCGCGAUGAACGAGAUGAACUCGACGAUACCUUUGAGCUUCUGGAGUCUUAAAGAUUUGGUGUAUCUAGAGCUGCAGUUGAAUCAAUUUAGUGGGGAGAUUCCAUCUCUGAUUGGGGAUUUGAAGGGAAUAGAUAUAUUAGACCUCUCUUCUAAUCAAUUUAGUGGUCUGAUUCCAAGCUCAAUUGGUGAGUGUGAAUCACUGACUACUUUGCUUUUGAAUGAUAACAAAUUUGAUGGAAGCAUUCCUGAAUCCUUGGGAGAUGUGAAAAGUUUACAAUCACUGUAUUUGUAUAACAACAGUCUUUCUGGAUUUAUACCUAAGUCACUACAAGGCCUCGAGCUUCUUCUUUACUUCAAUGUGUCUAACAACAGAUUGGAAGGAGAAAUUCCGAAUGAGGGCUGCUUUGUUAACUUCACUGCUGAUUCGUUUUCUGGCAACGCUGGUCUAUGCGGUGAUGCAAGGUUUGAAGUGCCGCCUUGCCCUAAAAGAUCGAAGAAUGAUCGGUUGGUGAAGUAUCUCGUGCCCCCUCUCGUUGCGGUUGUCGUUUUGGUGGUGAUCGUAGUUUUUGUUAUAAGGAGACGCAAUCAGAAAAGGAUCACAACUCCGGAUGAGGGCAUUGGAUUGAAAAUUGAUUGGAGGAGAAUUUCGUAUUUAGAACUUGAGCGAGGAACGGAUUCUUUUGGUGAAACGAAUCUGCUUGGAAGAGGGAGCUUUGGUUCGGUAUUCAAAGCAAUACUUUCCGAUGGGCUAAAUGUUGCGGUGAAGAUAUUCAAUUUGGAGUUGGAAGGUGCUAGCAAGAGCUUUGAUACUGAGAGUGAGAUACUAAGCGCGCUUCGCCACAGGAAUUUAGUCCGAAUAAUUGGCUGUUGUGUAAAUCCAGAGUUCCGAGCUUUGAUUCUUGAAUACAUGCCAAAUGGGAGUUUGGAGAAAUGGCUGCAUUCCGGAAGCCAUUGCUUGGAUCUUCCGCAAAGCUUGCAGAUAGCAAUAGAUGUUGCGUUAGCUUUGGAAUAUCUUCAUCAUGGCCAUACGUAUCCCGUUGUCCAUUGUGAUGUGAAGCCAAGCAAUGUGUUGCUUGAUGAAGACAUGGUUGCUCGUGUUGCUGAUUUUGGCAUUGCCAAGCUCUUUGACGAAGGGGAAGCUAUGGUUCUAACAAAAACCCUAGCAACUGUCGGUUAUGCAGCACCAGAGUAUGGAUCGGAAGGAAAAGUAUCCAUAAAUGGGGAUGUAUACAGCUACGGAAUCUUGCUGUUCGAGAUGUUUACAGGAAAGAGGCCAACGAAUGAUAUGUUCAACGGGGAAAUGAGCGUAAAGGAGUGGGUGAGUGCGGCUUUGCAAGAAAGUCGAGUAUCUGAAAUUGUGGCAGUUGGAUUGUUAUCGAGAGAUGAUCAAUACUUUGAAUCAAAUGAGCAAUGUGUCUCAUCAAUUUUUGAUGUGGCUAUGAAAUGCGUAGCCUUCUCGCCGGAGGAAAGAAUCAACAUGAUCGAAGUAGUGGCUUCUCUUCAGAAGAUCAAAUCCAAAGCAACAGCAGAAAGGGCCAGCAACGUCAGGCGAUGAUUCUCAUGUUGUAUUGCAAAUAAUGCCCGAUAUAUUCUAGUUUUGAAUAAGGAAAAUUAUGGUAUGUGAUUUCAGUUUUGAAUAAGGUUACGCGUUGCAGUGCAGUGAUAGACUAUGAUGCAAAUUGUACAAGGAACAAAUGAAUUAAAUAAGUUUUGAUUUCUA